CGGGAGAGCGGCGGCGGCGGCGGCUCGCCCAGGUCGCGCUGGCGGAGGCCGAGCGGGGUGCGCUGGCAGCGGCGGGGGGCGGCGCGCGCGAGUGAGCGGCGUUGGGCGAGGACCGGCGGGCGGGUGCCGGCGCGCAGGCAGCAGGGGCGGCCGCAGCGACAGCUGCGCGGGACGGAGCCGCGGCGGUAUCAGCGGUGCCGGCUUUCGGCGUCACCCCUGCGCGGCCGAGGCCGGAGAACAGUCUCCAACUAGCCAGGGGACAGGAAAGGGGAGCCAAAAAGAGGCCCUCGGUCCCCACGCAGAGGCAAGGGCAGCCGGAUUGCUGCCCUUUGUGGGCAAAGAGCGCACGGCCCAGAGCGCCCUCCCCGCCGCGCUCUCCCCCGCAUCUUCGUCGCACUGAGCGGCCCUGGAGAGGAGAGCCGGAGGAAGCAAAACCACGAGCCCGAAACCUCGCGUUGAGGAGCUCCUGGGGAGCGCCAUCCGCUCCACUUCCACCUCCGCAUCCAACACCGGCCAAGGUCCCUGCCGCUGCAUCCCUAGCGGCUUCCGCUGCGCUCCGGGCCGGAGCAGAGCUGCCUGCGCUGCCACCGCGGCCGCCUACACACACACACACAUCCACACACACACACACACAGCGCUCUCUCUCUCUCUCACACACACACACAUUCGUGCGCACACACACUCACACGCACCCCCGCCCUUCUCCCCCGCCCCCUCCCCAGCUCCUUGAUCUCUCGGUCUGUUUUAUUACUCCUGGUGCGAGUCCCGCGGACUCCGCGGCCCGCUAUUUGUCAUCAGCUCGCUCUCCAUUGGCGGGGAGAGGAGAGCAGCGGAGAAGGGGGUGGGGUGGGGAGGGGAAGGGAAGGGGGUGGAAACUGCCUGGAGCCGUCUCUCCGCGCCGCUGUUGGUGCUGCCGCUGCCUCCGCCGCCGCCUCCGGCUCCUCGCUCGGCCCCUCUCCGCCUCCAUGUGCCGGAUAGCGGGAGCGCCGCGGACCCUGCUGCCGCUGCUGGCGGCCCUGCUUCAGGCGUCUGUAGAGGCUUCUGGUGAAAUCGCAUUAUGCAAGACUGGAUUUCCUGAAGAUGUUUACAGUGCCGUCUUAUCGAAGGAUGUGCAUGAAGGACAGCCUCUUCUCAAUGUGAAGUUUAGCAACUGCAACGGGAAAAGGAAAGUACAGUAUGAAAGCAGCGAGCCUGCAGAUUUCAAGGUGGAUGAAGAUGGCAUGGUCUAUGCCGUGAGAAGCUUUCCACUCUCCUCUGAGCAUGCUAAAUUCCUCAUCUAUGCCCAAGACAAAGAGACUCAAGAGAAGUGGCAAGUGGCGGUAAAGCUGAGUCUCAAGCCAACCGUAACUGACGAAUCGACAAAGGAAUCCCAUGAAAUUGAAGAGAUAGUAUUCCCAAGACAAUUCACCAAGCACAGUGGGUACCUACAAAGGCAGAAGAGAGACUGGGUCAUCCCUCCCAUCAACUUGCCAGAAAAUUCCAGAGGACCCUUUCCUCAAGAGCUUGUCAGGAUCAGGUCUGAUAGGGAUAAAAACCUUUCACUGCGGUACAGUGUCACGGGUCCAGGAGCUGACCAACCUCCGACUGGCAUCUUCAUUAUCAACCCCAUCUCAGGUCAACUGUCAGUGACAAAGCCUCUGGAUCGUGAGCUGAUAGCCCGGUUUCAUUUGAGGGCACAUGCAGUAGAUAUUAAUGGCAAUCAAGUGGAGAACCCCAUUGACAUUGUCAUCAAUGUUAUUGACAUGAACGAUAACAGACCUGAGUUCUUGCACCAGGUGUGGAAUGGGACCGUUCCUGAGGGAUCAAAGCCUGGAACAUAUGUGAUGACCGUAACUGCUAUCGAUGCUGAUGAUCCAAAUGCCCUAAAUGGGAUGUUGAGGUACAGAAUCCUAUCCCAGGCUCCCAGCACCCCUUCACCCAACAUGUUCACCAUCAACAACGAGACUGGUGAUAUCAUCACAGUGGCAGCUGGACUCGAUAGAGAAAAAGUGCAACAGUAUACGUUAAUAAUUCAAGCUACAGACAUGGAAGGCAAUCCCACAUACGGCCUUUCAAACACAGCCACGGCCGUCAUCACAGUGACAGAUGUCAAUGACAAUCCUCCAGAGUUUACUGCCAUGACAUUCUAUGGUGAAGUUCCUGAGAACAGGGUGGAUGUCAUAGUAGCUAAUUUAACUGUGACUGAUAAGGAUCAGCCCCAUACGCCAGCCUGGAACGCUGUCUACAGAAUCAGUGGUGGAGAUCCUACAGGAAGGUUUGCCAUUCAGACCGACCCAAACAGCAAUGACGGGUUAGUCACCGUGGUAAAACCAAUCGACUUUGAAACGAAUAGGAUGUUUGUCCUUACUGUUGCUGCAGAAAAUCAAGUGCCAUUAGCCAAAGGAAUCCAGCACCCACCUCAGUCCACUGCAACUGUGUCUGUCACAGUUAUUGAUGUGAAUGAAAAUCCUUAUUUUGCCCCCAAUCCCAAGAUCAUUCGCCAAGAAGAAGGUCUUCAUGCAGGUACCAUGCUGACAACAUUCUCUGCUCAGGACCCAGAUCGAUAUAUGCAACAGAAUAUUAGAUACACAAAAUUAUCUGAUCCUGCCAAUUGGCUAAAAAUAGAUCCUGUGAAUGGCCAAAUCACUACAAUUGCUGUUUUGGACAGAGAAUCACCAAAUGUGAAAAACAAUAUAUAUAAUGCUACUUUCCUUGCUUCUGACAAUGGAAUUCCUCCUAUGAGUGGAACAGGAACACUGCAAAUCUAUUUACUUGAUAUUAAUGACAAUGCCCCUCAAGUGUUACCUCAAGAGGCAGAGACUUGUGAAACGCCAGACCCCAAUUCAAUUAACAUCACAGCACUUGAUUAUGACAUCGAUCCAAAUGCUGGACCAUUUGCUUUUGAUCUUCCUUUAUCUCCUGUGACUAUUAAGAGAAAUUGGACCAUCACUCGGCUUAAUGGUGAUUUUGCUCAGCUCAAUUUAAAGAUAAAAUUUCUCGAGGCUGGUAUCUAUGAAGUUCCCAUCAUAAUCACAGAUUCCGGUAAUCCUCCCAAGUCCAAUAUUUCCAUCCUCCGAGUGAAGGUUUGCCAGUGUGACUCAAAUGGGGACUGCACAGAUGUGGACCGGAUUGUGGGCGCAGGGCUUGGCACAGGGGCCAUCAUUGCCAUCCUGCUGUGUAUCAUCAUCCUGCUCAUCCUUGUUCUGAUGUUUGUGGUGUGGAUGAAACGCCGGGAUAAAGAACGCCAGGCCAAGCAACUUUUAAUUGAUCCAGAGGAUGAUGUAAGAGAUAAUAUUUUAAAAUACGAUGAAGAAGGUGGAGGAGAAGAAGACCAGGACUAUGACUUGAGCCAGCUCCAGCAGCCUGACACAGUGGAGCCUGAUGCCAUCAAGCCUGUGGGAAUCCGGCGACUGGAUGAGAGACCCAUCCACGCUGAGCCGCAGUAUCCAGUCCGAUCUGCAGCCCCACACCCUGGGGACAUUGGGGAUUUCAUUAAUGAGGGCCUUAAAGCUGCUGACAAUGAUCCCACAGCUCCGCCAUAUGACUCCCUCUUAGUCUUCGACUAUGAAGGCAGUGGCUCCACCGCAGGGUCCUUGAGCUCCCUUAAUUCCUCAAGUAGUGGUGGAGAGCAGGACUAUGAUUACCUGAACGACUGGGGACCACGGUUCAAGAAACUCGCUGACAUGUAUGGUGGAGGUGAUGACUGAACUUCAGGGUGAACUUGGUUUUUGGACAAGUACAAACAAUUUCAACUGAUAUUCCCAAAAAGCAUACAGAAGCUAGGCUUUAACUUUGUAGUCUACUAGCACAGUGCUUGCUGGAGGCUUUGGCAUAGGCUGCAAACCAAUUUGGGCUCAGAGGGAAUAUCAGUGAUCCAAUACUGUUUGGAAAAACACUGAGCUCAGUUACACUUGAAUUUUACAGUACAGAAGCACUGGGAUUUUAUGUGCCUUUUUGUACCUUUUUCAGAUUGGAAUUAGUUUUAUGUUUAAGGCUUUAAUGGUACUGAUUUCUGAAACGAUAAGUAAAAGACAAAAUAUUUUGUGGUGGGAGCAGUAAGUUCAACCAUGAUAUGCUUCAACACGCUUUUGUUACAUUGCAUUUGCUUUUGUUAAAAUACAGAAUUAAACAAACAAAAAAAGAACUCAUGGAGCGAUCGAUUUUAUUAUCUUGGGGGAUGAGACCAUGAGAUUGGAAAAUGUACAUUACUUCUAGUUUUAGACUUUAGAUUUUUUUUUCACUAAAAUCUUAAAACUUACGCAGCUGGUUGCAAAUAAAGGGAGUUUUCAUAUCACCAAUUUGUAGCAAAAUUGAAUUUUUUCAUAAACUAGAAUGUUAGACACAUUUUGGUCUUAAUCCAUGUACACUUUUUUAAUUUACUGUAUUUUUUCCACUUCACUGUAAAAAUGGUAUGUGUACAUAAUGUUUUAUCGGCAUAGUCUAUGGAGAAGUGCAGAAACUUCAGAACAUGUGUAUGUAUUAUUUGGACAAUGAAUUCAGGUUUUUUGCAUGUUUAUAUCUUUCGUUAUGGAUAAAGUAUUUACAAACAAAGUGACAUUUGAUUCAAUUGUUGAGCUGUAGUUAGAAUACUCAAUUUUUAAUUUUUUAAUUUUUUUUUAUUUUUUAUUUUCUUUUUUGUUUUGGGGAGGGAGAAAAGUUCUUAGCACAAAUGUUUUACAUAAUUUGUACCAAAAAAAAAAAAAAAAAAGGAAAGAAAAGAAAAGAAAGGGGUGGCCUGACACUGGUAGCACUACUAAGUGUGUGUUUUUAAAAAAAAAAUGAAAAAACAAAAAAAGCUUUUAAACUGGAGAGACUUCUGACAACAGCUUUGCCUCUGUAUUGUGUACCAGAAUAUAAAUGAUACACCUCUGACCCCAGCGUUCUGAAUAAAAUGCUAAUUUUGGAUCUGG